AUGGUACCACGGCAAUUGGUUCACAAGAAUGCUCGCAGACUCUUGCUGGACAUUGCUGUAGAGUUUAUUGGCAGUAAAUGGCGCACAUUUUGUGGAAUUAUGAUUUAUAUAUCAUUUGCACUUGGUGAAGCUAUGACUGGAGUGUUGGCUGUCUUCAUCAGGGACUGGCGUUGGUUGCAAGUUGCUGUCACUGCUCCUGCUUUUCUGCUUAUAUCUUAUACUUGGUUAAUGCCAGAAAGUGUUCGAUGGCUAGUUCUUCAGGGUCGUUAUUAUGAAGCCAAGAAGAUUAUAGAAAGAGCUGCGAGAGUCAAUAAUGUUGAGGUACUGAUACAUCUGCUGGACGUUCACAAUGUCGAGUUUCAUCCUGUUGACGGAACUCUAUCUGUACCCAGAAGUAACAUUGGGUUUGUGAAUGAAACUAGACAAGAAGCAAAGAUCAAGAAGACUGUUAUUGACCUGUUGAGAACUCCUCUUAUGAAGAUGAGAUCACUCAGCAUGUUUUUCUACUGGGUUGUCUGCACUUUGGUAUACUAUGGACUAUCCUACAACUCUAGCAGUUUGGGUGGCAAUAUUUUUGUAAAUUUCAUCGCCACGAUGCUGGUCGAGAUUCCAUCAUACAUCUUCACCUUUCUCGUUCUUGACAGAUUCCACACCGUGUCCAUAUUCACUUCCACACUCAUGACCACCCACUCACUUCCCACAUCAUGGGACCCAAUACUCACUUUCCACACCCAUGACCUCACUCACUUCCACACCCAUUGA